CUCAGAACCGAGACCGACCCGACCCACAUCGACCAACCAGUCUGACGAGCAAAUACUCUUCACUCGUUUUCAAUUCGCAAUUUCAAUUCGACAAAUUAUUCAUUCUGUAUGGCUCCUCCUCCCAGAUCUGGUGACGCAAUCUUCGCUAACGUUGAUCGUGUUAACGCUGAGCUUUUUACUCUAACGUAUGGUGCAAUCGUGAGACAAUUACUCACGGAUCUCGAAGAGGUCGAUGAAGUCAACAAGCAGCUUGAUCAAAUGGGUUAUAAUAUUGGGAUUCGUUUGAUUGAUGAGUUUCUUGCUAAAUCGAAUAUUUCCACUUGUGUCGAUUUUAAGGAGACUGCUGAAGUUAUUGCCAAGGUUGGUUUCAAAAUGUUUUUAGGGGUCACUGCAUCUGUCAGUAAUUGGGACCCCGAGGGUACAACUUGCAGUAUUAUAUUAGAGGAUAACCCACUGGUAGACUUUGUUGAGCUUCCUGAUACUUGUCAAGGUCUUUACUACUGCAACAUCUUAAGCGGAGUUGUCAGAGGAGCUCUAGAGAUGGUGUCAAUGAAGACUGAAAUCACAUGGGUUCGAGAUAUGCUCAGAGGAGAUGAUGCUUUUGAGUUGCGCUUAAAACUUCUAAAACAAGUCCCCGAGGAGUAUCCAUACAAAGAUGAUGAGUAAACAUUUUAAAGUGCAUAACUAAAAUGCCAAAAAGCAUGUAACUCAGAUAUUUGGAGGUGCACCAUAUUUCUGUCAUGUUGGAGUUGGAUCUUGUUUUACCUGUUAACAAUUAUUAUGCAACGCUUUUAUGUGACUAUUGGUGAUCAAAUAUUAUUAUAGCUACUUACAUUUAGACAA